GCACGCUCCCUGUCUCCAAUCAAACACGCGCUCUCCCAGUUCGUCAAGAGAGAACGCCCCUCGGCGGCUUUCCAGUUACUUUUAUUUUCUAGUCCAUCGGUAAUUGGUCGCCUUGGAGGCCGCGCUCCUGCUCUGCUUGCACGCCCAGAAAGGGGCGGGACUGACAGCGUUGCUAAGCGAGGAGGGUAGGCGCGGGGCUCUUCGGUGAAGUAGCUCAGCUGGCGCUAAGGCUGAAAUAAAUCCGACAGACUGACUGCAGUCAGUUUUCACCUCUCAAGACAACCCCUUUGGAAAUGUUCCCCAAGGUGGACAACCCUUUAGACCAUCAAGAAGCCAGAACUGGAGCCACAAGGUCUCAAAAGCCACAAGCUCCCAAGGCCACAGCAGCCAAUUCUGAGCUGUCUGAGGAGUCCUGGCCAUCCAGUUCAGGGACCGCUUCCCCACCCAGUACCACUGAGGGACAGAGUACCUCUCCACCCCUCACCUUAAUUGACAACGAGGACUCAGUGGUGGCCAAGUACAUAAACCGGUUCCGCCAAGCUCAGCCCACGAGCCGAGAGGACCGCCAGCCCGUGGGCCCAACCCCAGCUGACUUUUGGUGGCUACAGCCUUCGUCUUCAGACCUCAGCAGUCACCUUGAAGCAGCAGGAGCUGGUGAACCUACAGGAAGAUCUGCCGUGACAGGUCCAUGUCCCACCGGGAUGUCCAGUACGUCUCUGGCUUCUGUGCCUCUUCAGAGAGUAAAGCAGAAUCUGAACUCUUGGAACUCGGCUAUGCUGGAGCUGGAGACCCUGAGCCUUCAAAGCCGAGCGGCCAAGCUGCUGGAACGCAGCAAGGCCUCCCUCUCCUCCUCCUCCUCCCCCAGUCCCAACGAAGCCAGCAGCUCCUCCUUCCCCAUCAGCUCUGACGGCCUCUCUCCCUGCUCUGUGACCUUCAAUCCAGACUCCAACAAGAGUUCUAGUCCCAAAGAACCCGUGCUGGGAGCAGCCCCAGUGCCAUCCCCGGCCAUCCCUGCACCCCGCCCAGCCUCUGCCCAGGCAACCCUUAAGCCUGAGGAAGACAUUUUAUACCAAUGGAGGCAACGGAGGAAGCUUGAGCAGUCUCUACAAGGUGCAGGUGAUGGAACCUGGGUGUUGCCUCGGACGCCAGCCCUCACCACUCAGGUGAGUUGGAAGAGUGAGCCUGACAGUAAUAAGGGACGCUGGAAGAUGAAGGAGAACCAUUCACCUCUUCCUUUCUGCUUGCAGACUCCUCCUGUCUCUGCAGUGAAUCUUGGUUCCAAGGGGACCCAACCUAACUGUGCUCCACCAUGGGGCAGUGUGGCCCAGCCUCCUCCCCCACAGGCAUUCUAUGUGGAGAGGCCACCUCUUUCAGGGCCCUCUCCACACAUCUGGGCCCCCGGCACACACGGGGUUCUCUGGGCCCCACAGGCCAAUCCCUGGAUACCUCUUGGGAUGGUUCCUACCACACUGCUAACCUCCACCCUUGCUCCCUUGGCCUCCUUACCAGUACCACCUACCUCCACUUCAGCUGCCACAGCCCCCAUCUCUGCUCCCCAGGUCUCCAUCCCAGGGCCCCCAGCCUCUGCUCCACCUCCCUGCACUUCUGCCCCAGCUUCCACCGUCCCACUACCUGACAACCCCCAGGGACCAACCACCCCUGAGUUGAGUAGCUCUGUCCAUCCCAAGAAGCUGAGCCCCAAGCCUCGCUGUGCGAGCGCUUCGUCUCGUCAGGAGACUACUGGAGCAGACACUGCAGCUUUCGAGAGUCCCUGUUCUCAGCUUAGGGGGGCUCUGAGCCAGGUAGUGACAGCUCGGCUGUUCUCCGACAGCCUGGAGGAUAUGCCUCCAUCUGAGGCAGAUUCCCGGAAAGUCAAGGCCACCUCCUCUCAAGCCAAAGUUCCGCCCCCUCCACCUGAGUCCCGGCGUGGGUCCAAGACAGAGUCCCGCAAAAGUAAAGUCACCCUCUCAGCUGAAGCUGAGGAUCCACAGCCGGCUACAGCCCCAAAGGCAUCCACACUGUCAGAGGUCCAAUCACUUAAAUUCAAGAAGUCUACACCCAAGAAGGGAGCUGGUGACGCCUUGACUACGGCCCCGCCUGCCUCAAGCCACGCCCCUUCCGAGGACUUGCUAUCCCAGGCCGCUAGACUUCUGCAGGCUGCGGAAGACUCUGACGGCAGCGAGUUUCCGGAAGAUCCUGUGUUGCGAGUGCUAAGGGCUCAGAGGGCAGAACUAAGGCAGCAGAAAAGGAAUGUGGAUGCCCAAUUAUCCCUCCUCUUGGACCACACUGAAGACCCAGGAUUUUCAUCUCCUCCAGCCAGGUCACCUUCCAGUUCCCCAAGAAUGCGGUUGAGGAGGGAAGGAGCCUCCCUUGAGGCCAGACGACCUUGAAUUAUAAACAUUGUUUUUCCUGGGCUGGGGAGAUGGCUCAGUGGGUAAAGCACUUGCAAGUGUGAAGACCCGAGUUUAGAUCCCCAGAACCCACAUAAAGGUAACUCACAGGCCAGCUGGUCCAUGGAGACGGGGUCUCAAUCAAGGUGGAAAUCAAAGACCAAUCUCUGAAAUUCUCUGACUUCCACACAAGAGCUGUGGGGUGUGGUGCACAUAACACAGGCGCGCACACACAGGCACACACACUAAAGUUGUCCCCAAUUAAUAUUUUUCCAGUUUACUGUUAAUCUCUAAGAAAUGGGUUGUUGUAGAAAGGCUGAUUGUGCUAAUAAGGAAAUGUAGCUCUUCCCUAACUACUGAAACAAAGUUUCUUCUCUCUAGCCCUCCUUCCCACCCCCUCUCUCUGAUCCCUCCCCCUCUCUCUCCCUGGGAGCACAUGGCUCUAGGUAAAUGUGGGCACCUGACUCACGCAACUCAGAAGUGGAGUUGGACAUCUCAGAUGGAGACAAAGGCCCUGUUAUGUGGCACUAAGAAACAUCAGUGUUGGACAAUACAUCUCUCAUCUGAGCUGGCAUCCUCCCUCUCUGAUGGCCGUCUCCCUCCACGGGCUCACGCUGCCUCGGUUCCCACAGGUGCCCAGAUUCCUGAUGUUUCCCCAAGUUCGUUCUCCUUCACAUUCUUCAAGACUGUGCUCUCCCUACUCAGGACCAAAGUCCUUGACAGUUAGCCUGACUCCUCCCCUUCCCCACACAUAGUCAGGCGCUGACUCGGUUUGCUUUAUAGUUCUCCAGAAUCCAACUCCUUUCCGCUGCCCUCGCCUCAGUCUAGGCUACCUCCUACCUGUACAGUUGAAGGUUCGCCAUUACUAUAAACACAUCUGCUCCCUCUUUGAUGCACUUGCCACCCAG